AACCCUGAAAUUAUUACCCAGGAUCUUACCAGGGUUCACAGACCACAAAUAUAACACACAAGAUAAGCCAACGAGUAAUAUUAUUGAAAACCAAGGCUUAGAGAAUCUUGGCUGUUCAAGAAUGACCAAUUUUUUUGAGAAUUUGGAUUGUGUUGAUUGGAUGGAAAGUAUUCAGUUGCUUGAAGACUGUUGGAAACAAAGGACAAACUGUCGUGACAAAACAAAAAUGUAUAGCCACAUAAUGGAACUAUCUUCAUCUAAAGCAGAGGAACAUAGCGAUAAUGCUGAAUGUUUAUCACCAUAUUUACGUAGAAAUGAGCCAGAACGAGACAAGCAAUAUGCAUUUUCUGUUGUUCUCUUGAAAGACAAUAGUGAAAAAGAAUUUCCACCAGUUUAUCCAGUUUUUGAAAACAAGAGGAAAGAGUCUGGUGCUCAAUACACCCAACUGGACCAAAGUGAAUUGGCCAAUAAAAAGGCAGCAACACACAGUGAAGAAAUUUUAAUUAAGCAACUGGAUGACUUUCUAUGCCAAGAAGGUGCAGUGGUUAAACGCAUUUGGAUUUAUUCACAUAAUAGCCCUUGUUUGCAGAGGGAAAACAAAACCGUCCCUUGUAUGUUUCAGCUUCUACACAAAGCCUGUGAAUGGUAUAAACAUUAUAAAGUUUUGACUGAUGUGAGUUUCACAAAGCCUUGGGGACUAUGUGGUCCAAAUUAUUUUCAACAUCUCAAUUAUCGCAUGAUCUCAUGUCCUCACAGCAAUUUUCAUUCAUAUGUUGAAAAAUGCAAGGACAUCCCUUUCAAAUUGGAUCAUAACAAUUUGAGAGACAUUUUUAAGAAGAAGGAUAUUUCCAACACACUGUCACAUGUACGCAACAGCGAUAAAAACACACUCCGCUGCGGUAUCAAAUCUGCUCGCCAAACCCUUGUGAGGGCUGCACAAAGUUCAUUUGGUUUGCGCGACGAUCAUUUGCGCUGUGGAAAGGAAGUGAUUGAUUCUUUCGACUUUCUGCCUGGAGCGAAGGACAAAGUUUAUGAAAGACUGCAAAUGGAGUGGACAGAAAUGGUCAACAACAGCUCACUGACACCGAUCAGAGAAGCCAUCACUGAUAAAUUCAACAAUGGAACAGUUAAUCUGUUUCAGGAGGAGUUGAAGUCAUUUGUGGGGAACAGCUGCCCUCUACGCCUUCACCGUCAUAAUGUGGGAUUUUGCUUUUGUCCUUAAUGUAGCAAUAGCAUUUACUAAAAUGUGUAUAAACAUAUGAACAUAUAACCAUGUCAUAUACAGUCAUGUGAUGUUACUGAAGCUACUGUUGAAUAAUGGAUUGUUAUGUUGUUAAGUACUGUUCUGUGGUACUUGUUUUCACCUAUACAAUAUACAUUAAAGUUUCAGCUGUGAAGAACAUUUGUCUGUGUUAUUACACUUACAUGUUUUAACUGUCUUCUUGUAUUUGAGCUUAGUGCUUUUAUUAGUCUAUCACGGCUUCGUCUGUCUUUUCAUGACAUCGCCGCUUGCUUUAAGUUCAGGGCUGGGGUGCCUCCAGCCUCCCUUUGGCCUUAAUGUUGGACAUUCUCUCUGCUUUGAAAUGUGAAAGUAAAGUUGUUGUGAGUGCAACUGGAAUGAGGAAAAACUGCAUUUUCCUACUCUGCAAGAACAAAAGCUGCUAUGACGUCUGAAUGUGCUGCUGAGUGUGAGAACUCCUUCAGGCAUUUGCUGAGGUUUCAGGACGUGAAAAGUAAACAAAAGGAAGGGAACAUAUUUGCUGUUUAAUGUGGAACCAGCUGAUGAGCCUGACAACCUAUAACAUUAAAAUUAAGACUCAGUUCUGCUGAGGACUAACUGACCCAAAUCUGGAAAGCAGCUGCGGAAAGCAUCAUCAUCAUCAUCAUCGUCAUCAUCAUCAUUGCUACCACCUGAUGCCUCACCAAAGAGAAGCAGUUCAGCCAUCACAGAGGUUAGUUUGAUAUAUCCCCCCGCCCCCAUCGCAUAUGCACAUGCUCAAUAAGCUUUUCAGCUGCUGCCAGUGACCUCCAUGUGGGGACAAUUGAAACAUUUCGUCACCAGUCUGAGCUGACAAGAAAGCAUUUUAAUGACGUUUAACUUUUUAGGCACUUGUGGAAAGUCUGUUUUUAUUUCUGGUCCUAUUCCCACACAGGCCCAUUGAGCAGGGUGCUUUGAAGACUCCUCGGCCUCCACACUUGACUCCAGAACUCACUGUUUUGGUUUUACUUUAUUUUUUAUUUUUGGCGAGAAAAGCACAGGAAGUAAAGCAGAAGAUGACACAAAAGCGAAGAUGACACCUCCAGCGGGACUGAAAAUGGACAAAAAAAGACAUAAACAGGAUGGACUUUUCAAGCUAGCUGGAAAGUCAAAUUCCAGUGGAUAGCAUAUGGGUACUCUCUGCAGGCAACAGCCCAAAUUUCCAGCUGUACCACCUGGAGGGCCUCCACAGAAUAACCAGGACUGUGAAGCUGCAUCCCUGGCAGUGAAGCCUUCCUCACUGCUUUCAGCUGCUCAGGGGACCUUGUUUACUGUGGCAACAUUUACAGUGUCAAGGUGCUUGGAAGGAAGCUCAUCCCCUCUUUUCAAGGACCUCUGCAGCUCAUCUGACAUUCCGACACUCACCAGCCCAGCUUCUCUUCAGCCCACUGCCGGUCCUUCUGGGUCUGGCUCUUAGCAGCACCUGAGCAGCAACUGGACAAGGGGUCAACUUGCCUGCCUCUUCCUGUUGCUCUUGUGCCUCUUCCACCUGAAGAGAUACACCCCACAGACUGCUUGUUCUAUCACCUCAUUGCUGUUAUUAUUUAGUUACCAUAGUAUUAUAACAGGUCUGGUAUUUCAGAAAAAUCAGCAUUAGAGAAAUGACUUACAGUAUACGGUAUAUACAUAUAAGAGCAGACUACAUUUAAGAGCAGGCCUAAAACUUCCCUUUUUGAUGAAGCUUACACUUCACAUUCUAUCUGGUAUCGAUAUGUUAUUACAUCACAUACAUAAUCUAUAUAUCAUAUACCAUGCCAUAUGUACUUCAUAUACCUAUAAAUCGAUUACAGCUUUCAAAACUGUGAUUUCUGUCCAACCCUGAACCUCUCUCUCUCUCUCUCUCUCUCUCUCUCUCUCACUCUCUCUCACCCAACCGGUCGAAGCAGAUGGCCGCCCACCCAGAGCCUGGUUCUGCU